AUGGUUGGCCGGACAAACGUCCCUGCGACUAGGAAACGGACGAGGCAGCAGAACGAAGAGGAGCCUUCAUCAACAGCAAAGAAACGCCGAACAAAGGCAUCAGAAAAGUCGCCCGCUGAUGAGCCUGGCGACGAUCAGAAGGCUGAACCAGCGCCGACCGCGAAAGAGACUUUAAGACGUGGCCGCAGUCUGAGAACCACUCAAGCCAAGGACUCACCAGCGAACAGCCCGCCGGAGCCGCCAAAACCGCCAAAGCAGGCAGCCCGGAAUACCAAGGGCAAGGCCCAACCGAAAAAAGGGCAGGCUCAAGAGGCUGGUCAGAAAACUAACGUCUACGAUGUUCCGGACUCGGGCGAAGAUGAGCUCGCCACCGCACCCGUGGCACCGCGCUCGAGGCGCCAAAAGCCAAGCGUCGCGGUAACUGUAGCAGAUGGAGCCAAAUCUGUUUUGGCCGCGAAGGAAGAGGAACCAGAAAAGAAAAAACGCGGCCGACCCAGCAAGCGGGAUCGCGAGGCGAAGGGCGAGGAGCAGGACGAGACCCCUGCAGCUGUAGCAGUUCCGGCAAGUGAAAAGCCAGCUCCGCGAUCGCGCCGCCCAGCGGGUCGUGAUACGCAAUCGUUUGAUUCAGGUCAAGAAGGAGACCACGGACUCGGCGGCGGAAAGGAGAAGAUUCAACCAAAGAAUGCGGCAAAGGGAAAGUUGGGAGGGGGCGUCGUACUACCAAAAGGUAUCUUGACGCCUCAGAAGGGGAAACGCGGCGUUCAGCGGCUACAGAAAACCGUGGCUUUUGACAGCCGGGCUAGUGAAGACGUUUUGGACAGUUUAACCGCUGCGUCACCGUCCAAGUCUGCCAGAAAACGCCGCGAGGCGGCAGAGGCGGUGGACGAAAUGCAGGUCGGCAGCCAGCAGCACGGCGAGGAGGAUCCUUCGGGGGAAGAAUCCGAGGAAGAGGACGAUGAGGUCUGCGCCAUCUGCUCCAAGCCAGACUCCAAAGCGCCCAACGAGAUCGUAUUUUGCGAUAACUGCGACAUGCCUGUGCAUCAACAAUGCUACGGGCUUGCCGAAGUUCCCGAGGGCGACUGGAUCUGCCGCAGCUGCUCGCAGGACGACGCGACCUCUGCCAAUCUCGGCGGAGCUAAUCAUACAAAGUCAUCCGUGGUUGCACGGGAGGAACAGCAUCCGGACAUUCCGAACUUUGACCAACACCUCCGAUUGGCGCAGCGGGUGUUGCUGGAUCGCUGUGCCGGCAGGCGCCGGAUCAAGCUCCGAGGGCAGGGCGAAGCUUACGAGAAGGCCUACCAGCUUGUGGAACAGACCGUUGUAGCAGGCGAGGGCAACUCCAUGAUGGUGAUCGGGGCUCGGGGAUGUGGCAAGACUACCCUGGUUGAAUCCAUCAUCGAGGAUCUGUCAAAGCAGUAUGAAAAUCAGUUCCACGUUGUCCGGCUGAGUGGCUUCAUCCAUACCGACGACAAGCUGGCUCUAAGGGAGAUAUGGCGGCAGCUUGGCAAAGAGAUGGAGGUUGAGGACGAGCUCGUGAACAAGACUACUAAUUAUGCGGACACCAUGGCUUCGCUUCUCGCACUUUUAUCGCAUCCUUCCGAGAUAGCAGAAACCCAGGACGGUAUGACGUCUAGGUCCAUCGUCUUCGUGAUCGACGAGUUCGACCUCUUUGCGACGCACGCGAGGCAAACCCUUCUCUAUAACCUCUUUGAUAUUGCGCAGGCCCGCAAGGCGCCGAUCGCUGUGCUAGGGCUGACAACCAGAAUUGAUGUGGUCGAAAGCCUCGAGAAGCGAGUGAAGAGCCGGUUUAGUCACCGAUAUGUCUACCUUUCACUGCCGAAAAGCCUCCCAGCAUACUGGGACAUCUGCAGGCAGGGGCUAAGUAUCGAUGAAGAGGAAAUGGUCCAGGAGGGCAUCGACCCAAAACUAGAGGGUCACGACGCCUUCUGGGGCUGGUGGAAUGGGAAAGUCGAUGGGUUCACAGAUCACCUAGAAUCGCACUUUUUCGGCACGAAGUCGGUCUCUGCGUUUUUGACAACAUGCAUCCUGCCGCUCGCAGCACUUUCUCCCGCGGCCCCUUCGUUGCAUAUACCUACCAUGGCAGGGGUUGCUCCAUCGCUCGAGCCGCCGGACUCCAAGCUACACCUCCUCGGAUCCCUUUCCGACCUGGAUCUGUCGAUGCUCAUCGCGGCGGCGCGGCUGGAUAUUGUGGCGCACACCGACACGGUCAACUUCGCCAUGGCCUAUGAUGAGUACACGUCGCUCAUGGGCAGGCAACGAGUUCAGACGGCGAGCUCGGGCAUGCUGGCCCUGGGAGGCGGAGCACGGGUGUGGGGCCGCGGCACCGCAGGAAUCGCGUGGGAGCGUCUCGUUGCACUCGGCCUGCUCGUUCCGGCGGCGGCGGGGGGCAGGGGAACGGCCGGGCUCGGUGGGCUGGACGCCAAGAUGUGGAAAGUGGAUGUUGCGCUUGAGGAGAUUCCGCCGGCGGUGAAGCUCAACGCGGUUUUGGCCCGUUGGUGUAGGGAAAUUUGA